AUGAACAAGCAGUCUACAUUCUUGUCCAUCACCCUUGUAUUCUUUAUCGCUUGUUUGCUCUCCUUGUCACAAGCAAUCCCAAUAACGGAUGUAUCAUCCACCUCGGUCCUUAAAAUGAAGGACACCGCAGGGCGACUCGUGGUGUCCGUUAAGCGCGUUGACGAUCUCGUCGACGACGAAGGCACUUGGUUGGCCGAGAGGAUAUCAGCCGUCAUAUUCAAUUUUGAGUUGAUGGAUGAUAAUCUUUUGCUGGAUUCCAUGCCAGUGAGAUUUGGUGUAAAGAAUAUUCAGGUCUUAAAAGCUAGAGUCGUUCCCGUAGGUACAAGACAAGAAGACGUCAAUAAAUAUGAAGAAAAUUUUGAAAUUGGUCUUGUCAAGGUGGAAGUAAACGCUAACGUCAAACAAAUGAGCCCCCUUCCCAAAAUUGUCAUCUCCAUCAAGGUCAUUGAGAUUGAUGGUGUCAUAAUUUCGUCAUCUAACACGGUCGAAAAUACUUGGGAAUUCGAGUUAUCGAAUGAGGAUCGCAACUCCAAGAUUUCAACUAUCCAGCCUGCGGAUGAUAAUGUCUCAUCGUACCGACCGUGCUCUUCCCUUGGUUCAAUCCCAAGAAGGCUUCACCGUUGGUGGCGAUGUUCCUCAAAAUACACGCGAAUCUUCAUUUCCUCCCUUUUCGUCACUAUCAUGUUUGGUCUACUCCACUCCUUGAUUUCAGUCACCACAAAAGCUGUGAUACAGUACGUAUCACCUUCAAAUAAAUUCCACAAAUACAGGAAAGUUCUUCAAGAAGAGAGUGGAGAUUACAAAUACAAAGGAAAGUACGGUGAAGUAGCGCAAGUUAUAUUUGUGGCUGAUGAAUAUAAAUUCGAUUCGUGA